AUGGACUUUGUUAGUUACAUUGACAGGCGGCCUAAAUUGAACGACGAGGAUGAUGCCACCGGCAGUGGUCAUUACGACAGCGACGACGAUGAUAUGGGUGAUGCCGUCGGCAACAUGGCGUUCUCAAAUCUCGUUCUUCCCCGAGGACACAAACGCAUGGUAUUGUCUCUUGUGUCCCAGCACUUUCGAAACAAAGCAUCCCAGACCCACCGCGACGACAGGUUGGACAUUGUCAAAGGCAAAGGUACAGCUUUGCUGUCUGGACAUUCCAUUUCGAUGCAAAUAUAA